UACUCCGAUCCUGCUCCAUCGAUCGCAUCACAUCGCAAAAUUAAAUAGACACCGAGGACACGCUUAAAUAUAGAUGUUCGCCUCUUCUAAAGAAUGAGGAUGGCUGGAGCCAGCGUUGUCCAUCGCGAGCAGUAUCGUCCAGCCGAUAACUAUAACCUCGAUAACAAGAGAGCAACAUGAGGUUAUAUGCUCUUCUUGCGGACAUCGCCGUCCUCAUCUCCCUGCUUGCCAUCCCACUCAAUGCCGGGUUGGCUCUCCUCCCUCGCAAUGAUACGGCAAACGAUAUCAUCACAGCAAUUGAGGAUGCAGUAGACUGCACGGCAUGUGAAUCCCUCCUCGUCCUCCUCCAAGGCCUUGCGCACCUAGGCAACGAUGCUUUUGUUGGCGCGAUCACCGAUGUCUGUGUCGGUCUGCAGUUAGAAGAUUCUGACGUCUGCUCUGGUGCAAUCUCCCGUGAAGGUCCCAUCCUGGCACAUGAUCUGCGCUCUUUGACAGUCGGCACAAAGACAGCACAAUUGUUCUGCAGCACCGUAUUCGGACUAUGCGAUUAUCCUGAAGUUACCGAGUACCAGGUGCCCUUCCCAGUCGAAAACAGUACAGUCGUUCGACCAUCUGUGAGCGGCGAGACUCCUCUUCAGAUCGUCCAGAUCAGUGAUAUUCACGUUGAUCGGUUCUACGAGACCGGGGCCAACUGGAACUGCACCAAGAAUAUUUGCUGCCGUUCGUAUACAGCGGCAGAUGCUCCCGGAAACACAUCUUAUCCGGCAGGGCCAUAUGGCAACCAUGAAUGUGACUCGCCCCCCAGCCUCGAGGAAAGUCUGUACAACGCGAUCACGGACAUAGUUCCUGAUGCCGCAUUCACACUAUUCACCGGAGACGUAGUCGAAGGUGCAGUAUGGAUGACAACCGAGACAGAAGUGACCAACGAUCUCAACAAUGCUUAUAGCAAGAUGCAGUCCAUGUUGCGGAAUCAGUCGGUGUAUGGAGCGGUUGGUAACCACGAUUCCAAUCCCGUGAACAGUUUCCCUCCCUCUGCGGUGAGCACGACAAUGAGCAGUCAAUGGGUAUAUGAUACUUUGUCAAACCUCUGGAGCACCUGGAUUGGCUCGACAGAUGCUGCAAGAGCGGACACGAACUCGGGAGCGUACUCGGUGCGGUAUCCAAAUGGCAACCUGCGAAUCAUCUCCAUCAACACGAAUAUGUACUAUAAGGAGAAUUUUUGGCUAUACGAAGCUACCAUGGAGAGAGAUCCUAGUGGUCAGCUAGCUUGGUUGGUUGGUGAGCUUCAGGCAGCUGAGGAUGCAGGCGAGCGCGUGUAUAUCAUCGGCCACAUGCCUAUGGGGUCUGGCGACGCUCUCCAUGACGGGUCCAACUAUUUCAAUCAAAUUGUGAACCGGUACCAAGCUACCAUUGCUGCGCAAUUCUACGGCCACACUCACAAGGACGAAUUCGAGAUUGCGUAUAGCAACUAUUCCUCUCGAAUAGCCGACAAUGCAGUCGCCAUGUCUUACGUCGCUCCAGCGCUGACGCCAACCAGCGGCAACCCUGCCUUUCGGGUCUUCACCGUCGAUCCUGUGACCUUUGGCAUCCUCGACAUGAUAACAUAUAUCACCAACAUGUCUACCAGCACCUAUCAGACAGAUGGCCCCGUAUGGGAGAAGUAUUAUUCAGUCAAAGAGGCCUACGGACCGCUGGUGACGCCGCCGUUGACCGACCCCUCCGCAGAAUUAACUCCCGCCUUCUGGCAUAAUGUGACGGAAGUGCUUGCUAGCAAUUCAAGCACUUUCGACGAGUACUGGGCUCGGAAGUGGAGAGGGUACGACGUGGAUAGCUGCACUGGCUCCUGUGUUACGGAUGAGAUUUGCCAGCUACGUGCGGCAGAAGCACGGUACAACUGCAUCACUGUCACUCCAGGUGUCAGCUUCAAGCGUGAUCUGCACCAGCAUAGCUUGACUGAGGAUGGCCAUGAUCACUGUGAGGGAAGCUUGGCAAAGCGCAUCUUCCAGAAGCUCGCGCGCACAGAGGGCGCGAUGGAGAAGAUCAGGCAGAGAGCAUAACAUUUCCUUCCUUUGCAGUCAGCCAAUCCAGGACCUUCUCCAUCGACAAUUGGAGCUAACUAAAUUUAUUGCAUAUAUUUAUUAUAUCAUAAUCGCCAGUGCACGAGCGUUAAUACCACGAGUCAAUUGAGAGCGGAGGUUUUUC